UCAUCGCGUCGCUACAUUUUCGUUACUCGUAGCGUCGUAGCGCGAACACCGAAUACGUUCCUUAACAUAAAAGUAAUUAUUUUGUGAUGGAAUACGCCAAGUGGUUCCACACCCAUGUGUAUUUAAUUAUGUGAUGCGUCAAGUAAGUUCAAAUGUGUCCCCGAAGGACUAAACAUGAACAGGACGGGCUACGAGUACACCGUUCCUGUGUCAAAAACAUACUAUGCGUCUAAUAGUCGACCCCCUCAAUACGACCGAGGAUAUGGCCAACUCGCUCCAGUCCCAGUGUAUAGUCCAACACACCCUCUCUCAAACUAUGCAGACAUAUAUGAAGGCAAUAAUGACACAACGCUGAGAGCUGAAGAAAAACACUGGUAUAUAGAAAAUCAUAAGAGUAUUCAACCAAACUUUUCUAACAGCAACGAUAAUGUGGCGCAAGAAGUUAAAAUUAAAAAAGAAGAAGAGAAAAAAGUUGACGCUACUAUUCCAAGAUCUGAGAUAGCACAAACGAGGCAAAGAAGAAAAGAGAAUCGUUGUUCCUGUGAAUGUUGGCCUAUUUCAGACAAUAAUGAUACUCAAAAUACUGCUAACGGAGCUAAUGGAACCACUCGGUCGCUCUCCGGUGUGGAUAUGGUAGCAUCGUAUGGAGUUUAUGGAAAUCCUCAAGAUGAUGAAAGUUCAGGGUUUGGUCGACUAGCAGAAAAACCGAACUAUGGACAAACGAGCAAUGCUCCAAUACAGGGUGUAAUAGUUAAUCAGCAAGGAAAUAGUGCAGUGAUAAGGUCUACGGCAACAGACUCCCCAAGUGGAAAGUGUUGUAUGUGGUGUAUAAAUACGCAAGAAGAUAAUUCUGAAGACUAUUGUUGGAUCCACUAUUGUAAGCCGGCGCUUAUUGUGCUGCUUCUACUAUUUUUUCUAAUUUUGUUGGGUGUUUCUACAGGGUUCUUAUUGACAAAUAACUAUUUACAUUAUCAGCCUCGACCGCCGGCUCCUGAAGAGGCCUGCGAAAAGACAUUUUGCCGCUGGGGUGCAGAAUGUGUUUCAUUGGGAGACGGGCGCGCCCACUGCGCUUGUCCUACCAGCUGUUCGCCCAUCCCGACACCUGUGUGUUCAACAUCUGGUCGGACGUACCGUAACCACUGCUACUUGAGGAAAGAGGCCUGCGAAAGAAGAUUAAAUCUUCGCGUGAAGCACGAAGGCGAAUGCGGUAAGUCUGAACCAGGAGAUCCCUGCACUGCGAUUAGCUGUCAAGUGGGUGCUCGGUGUAUUGUGACAUACGGCCAGGCAGAAUGUCGGUGUCCCCGACAGUGUCAGAGAAGGAAACUAGUGUGCGGCACAGACGGAAAGGAAUACCCCUCGGCGUGUCAUCUCGAUAAGCACGCAUGCGAAAACCAGCUCAAUAUAACCGUGAAAUAUCACGGGAAAUGCGAUCCCUGCUCGGAGCACGAAUGCCCUGAUGGUGGAAUAUGCCAGCUUAAUGAAGUACGAGCUCCUGUGUGCCGCUGUGGACCUCCAUGUGAGCUGAUGGUGCGAUCUGGAUCAGCUGUCUGUGGAUCUGACUAUAAGGACUACAUAAGUGAAUGCGCUUUACGAUUAGAGUCGUGCCGGACGAGGCAACAGCUUUCCAUUGCAUAUAGGGGAGAGUGUUCUUCAGCUCAACAUCCCUGUGAGUCGGUGAAGUGUGGGUUGAGGGAAUAUUGUACGCUGGAUGUGCACGGGGUGGCUGUAUGCGGUUGUGGUCCUGACUGUGAAGAAGUGAUCCGACCAGUGUGUGGCAGCGAUGGCAGAACAUACGACAACCCUUGCCUACUAGAUCGCACCGCAUGUUUAGAAAAUAGAGACAUCAGGGUAGCCUAUAUUGGCGCAUGUGGUGUCGAGAACCCAUGUGCCCGCGCCAGCUGUCCUUGGGGCGGUGCGUGCGUGGCCCGAGGGGGUUCACCUCAUUGCUCCUGUCCUGUUUGUGAUUCCAACAUAGCUCCUAUCUGUGCCUCGGACUUCAAUACAUACGGCAGCGAGUGUAAGAUGAGAAUGCACGCGUGCCAAGCGAGCCUCAGAGAGAAUGAGAUCAGUGUGCUCUACAAUGGAACUUGUCAAACAUGCUCGGACAUCGUGUGUCUUGGCGGCGGGGACUGUGAAUUGGAUAGUGGAUCCGGCCGACCCAUCUGUAGAUGUAACCACAACUGUACGGAACCACAGGAGUCAGAGGUGGUGUGUGGUACGGACGGACUAACAUAUCGGUCACAAUGCGAUCUAGAGUCGACGGCGUGCCGAGAACAGAGCGAUCUGCGGCUUGCAUUCAGCGGUGACUGCGCUCUUUGCGAUGGAGUUCAGUGUUCGUAUGGGGCGCAUUGUUUGGCCGGGGAAUGUGUGUGUCCAACUGAUUGUACUGGGGCGCCUCACGAACCUGUGUGUGCCAGCACAAUGGAAACUUACCCCAAUGAGUGUGAGAUACAAAAAGCUGCUUGCGGAAUUUCUCCACCUACAAGACUUCACGUUAUUUUCUACGGAGAUUGCAAAGACAGGCUCGCUGUUGUACCACCUAUAGCUAUGACAACAACCGCAAUGACCACAACAGAGGCGGUAGAAUCUACGGGAUUCUUGGGUGCGACUGAAUUUGGAACGACGAGCGCGUCGGCCUGUCGCGACAUCCGUUGCGAUUUUGAUGCCAGCUGUGAGAUCGGUUCGGAUGGCUAUCCCCGAUGCUCGUGCCUCUUUGAGUGUCCGACAGAGGACGAGUACUUCCCCGUCUGCGCGUCUGACUUCAGACUUUAUCCAAGUUUGUGCGUUAUGCGGAAGGAAGGCUGUCAGAAACAAUUGGAACUUCGCUUGCGACCCCUCGACUUAUGCAAAGGCAUGGAGGUUAGACCCUGCGGGAACAACAAGGCAAUGAUCGAUUUAUCUACGGGCCUGGAAAUAGACUGCGGAAAUGGACCUCAUCGGCAGGACUGUCCCGUGGGGAGUUACUGCCACAUCACGCUUACAGCUGCGAGAUGUUGCCCGAAAAAUGAGACAAAACAAGUGGAAGAUAAGCGGAUUGUGCUCUGUACGGAGAGUAAAUAUGGGUGUUGUGCGGACGGGUCGAGUGCAGCCAUCGGUCCUAACGAGGAGGGGUGUCCGAUUACGAGUUCCAGUUGCGGUUGCAAUAGACUUGGCUCGCUCUCUGAUCGUUGUGACGAUAGCGGUCAGUGCGUGUGUCGGCCGGGUGUGGGCGGCCUUAAGUGCGAUCGAUGCGAGCCCGGCUAUUGGGGACUGCCACGUAUCGGCUCAGGACAUACUGGCUGUAUUCCUUGCGGUUGUUCGGCGUUUGGAUCGGUGAGAGAAGACUGCGAACAGAUGACUGGACGUUGUGUGUGCCGCACUGCAGUGCAGGGACAAAAGUGUACUGUGUGCGCAGACCACAGAAGGAGGCUUGGACCAAACGGAUGCUCAGAUCCUGAGAGCGUAGCUGUGGCGGAGUCUUGUGCCGAGUUGUCGUGUUACUUCGGGGCCGUGUGCACGGAGCGCACUGGCGGAGCAUUAUGCGAAUGUGCAGCCGGUGCGUGCCCCGACAGUGAUCUCAACAUGCUGGUAUGCGGGAGCGAUGGGAAAACAUAUGAAUCGGAGUGUCAUCUCAAACUACAAGCAUGUAGAACACAAGAGGAUAUCGUAGUCCAAGCGUUUGGACCUUGCAAAUUGUCUGAGGUCCAAGGAACGGCAGGUCCUCACAGACCCUCAUCACCAAUACAGUUCACCCAACAAGAUGAUGGGGCGGCAUCAAAAUCGACAAGACAUUUACUCAACCCUGACAAAUAUUAUAAUAAAUAUGACUGGAUGAAAAAGGAAACUCCGAGCGACUUUGAUACUAUUCUAUCUGGACAAAAGCACAAAGGUUCACAAACAGCAACAACAGCCACGGUUGGUGCAGUGGGUGCAUUAUUAGGAGAUCUUUGUACUGAGGACUCCGAUUGUAGCGCGUUACCAGGAGCCCAGUGCGCUAGAGGAGGUUGCGUCUGUCGCCUGGGUUAUAUACCGACCACGCAUCGCAAGGCAUGUGUUGAACAAUCGGCACAGGAGACCACAGAAGAAUACAGUGCGUGUUUAUCAGAACCCUGCUAUAAUCUCGGCACUUGUAUUGACCUACCCGGCUCCACUUACGCCUGUGUGUGCGCUGACCAUUACACUGGUAUAAAUUGUGAAACGGGCCUGAAAGAAGAUUCUACAAUUACAUACAUAGAUACCCCGGCUUUUGACGGAUCAGCGUAUAUUCGCUUGAAACCAUUGAAGGCUUACCAUAAGUUUAAUAUUGAUAUUGAGUUCAAGGCGUACUCGCAAAACGGAGUCAUAUUGUACAAUCAGCAGAAAAUCGACGGUACUGGGGAUUUUGUUUCCCUCGCUCUCGUGAAUGGAUAUUUAGAGUUCAGAUAUAACCUCGGUAAUGGAGCGAUAAUACUUAAAUCCCCUGAAAGGAUAAGUUUAAAUGAAUAUCACAAAGUUUCUGCAAAAAGAUAUCAUCGCGAUGGAAUAUUAUCUGUGGACAAUAUGGACGACGUGGCCGGUCAGUCGUCUGGCAAUCUCAAAGCUUUAGAUCUCGCUGACGACGCUUAUAUUGGAAAUAUUCCUACAAACUAUACCAGGGUGUACGAUAACAUUGGAACGCGGAGGGGAUUCGUCGGCUGCGUGAAGCACUUGAAAAUAAUACGUCAUCAAGUAACAAAGAAGUUGGGACGGCCGGAUUCAUUAGUCGUUUCUAUAGAAAACGUCCAAGAGUGUCAAUUGAAUGCUUGUAUGAGUAUGCCGUGUAAAAAUGGCGGUAUCUGUAGAAGUGUCGAGAGGUCAGCUACUGAGUAUACCUGUAGGUGUCCUAUCGGAUUUCAUGGAGCCAAUUGCGAUGAAAAAUUAGAUCCGUGCGAAUCGAAUCCUUGCGGAAAUGAUGAAGGACUAUUGUGUGACAUCGGACCUGACGGAGGACACGUCUGUCGAUGUUUAUUUGGGGGUGAAAUUGGAUCAAAUGGAAAUACUUGCAAUAAUGAUGUAAACGUUGUGGAAGAGACGUGGUCCCCUCAAUUCAACGGGACGAGCUAUGUUGAAUUAAUGCCCCUAGAAGGGCUGGGUAAAUCGUUCCGCAUCGAAAUUUGGUUUUUAACGAACCGAUUUUCUGGAAUGUUGCUCUACACCGGCCAGUCUAAUAAAGCUAAGGGGGAUUUUAUAGCUAUUAACUUAGUUAAUGGGUACCUUCAGUUUAGGUACAACUUGGGGAGCGGAGUUGCUAAUAUAACGUCACCGGUGGGUAUAACGAAAGGUCGAUGGCACCGCGUCCGUGUCGCGAGGGUAGGUCGCCACGGCAGCCUGCAGUUCGACCAUCACCCGAUACAACGUGGCCACUCGGCGCCGCCCCUCACACACUUAGAAUUAACGCUGCCGCUCUUUAUUGGAUCUUUGCCCGCAUACAUACGGCCCCACAAAAUGUCGGGGGUGACCAGCAGUUUUAUUGGAGCGAUUCAACAGGUUUUCGUGAAUGGGAAUCCACUGUCUCUGUACAGUUCUGAUACAGCUAAGUGUGGUGUUGUUCCUGAGGAGGAACGGUUGCCUUGCGCCACUACGGGGGUAACAAAGUACACAGGACCGCCUUGCGGAGAUGGGCUCACACCGUGUAAGAACAACGGUUCAUGCAUACCCUUAUUAAACGAGUACAAAUGUGUGUGUCGCGACGGCUACGAGGGGAGGAACUGUGAGGUGCAAUUAAAAGUAGAGAUGUUGAAUGAUGAGUCCCCUAUUAAGUUCGACGGAAAUAAUUACUUCUCCUACAGAAGCAGGGGAGGACGCAGUUUACACACUAACCCGCCGUUUGGUAAUGGACAUUACGAUGUAAGAUAGCAUUAUGGAGAAUAAUUUAACGAUUCUUAUAGAUUAAAAGAUCAACUUUAAGAUUUAGAAAUCGCAGUCUUCGUGGUAUUAGAUACGAAAUUAAAUUCCGUACUUUUAACGACUCUGGCCUUUUGCUAUGGAGACGUAAGAUAGGUAUAAGACCAAGAGACUUUAUUGGUCUUGGUCUUAACGAUGGAAAACU